AUGUCCCACUUGACUGCCAAGGAGGCUUUCUCAAAGCUUCCCCAGAAGCUCCAUAACUUCUUCAUAAAGUUCCCACCUAGACCUUUUGCACAAUAUGCAGAGAAGCCAUCCACAAUCAAAGACCCAACCAUGAAUCCAUUCUUGCCUAACAAGAAUCCAGAGACCGGUCGCUGGCACGGAGCCAAGUACUCCUUGAGAAGAUCAGCAGACCUCAUCAAGAUGGCCAGAAAGUUCGGUAUCCAGGAUCUCCUUCCUCCUCUUCCUAACAAGAAGUUCUACGAAGACAAGUACAACCAGAAGAACUGGAUGAGAGGUAUCUUGAGACAGAAGGGCCAGAAGUGGGAGCGUACUUUGCCUGAGAAGCUUGAGGCCAGAAAGAAGGCUAUUGAGGACAUGGACAACAUCAUUCUCGAAGCCAGACCAACGUAUAGAAAGCGUCUUGCAAAGAGGGAGAAGAACAAGAGAACGUGGUUUUAA